UACUUGUUGUAGAUCGGCUUUCUCGUGUUUUGCUCGAGAAACAAAGUUUUGGGUAGUUUGGGUGCUUCUUCUUCUCCUUGUUUAGUGACGGCAUCAGUGCUUUGAGCAGUUCUUCCAGACAGCAGUGUAGUACUGCAGAGCAAGUGCUCCUUGCAAGCUACUAGUAUUUCAUUUCUGUAGUUGCGAGGCUCAUUCACAACAGUUGUCUAUUUGUUUGCAAGUUAUACUGUUACGAAAAUGGAAGAAGACCACUCUGUGGAGAGUGGGCAGACCGAACCAACUGAUGAGCAAACCGACGAUGUAAAAGAUGAGGAAAGUCAGGAAGACAAUGAUACCCCUUCUAAGAGAGGUAUUGGUGGGCCUGGACGCGGUGGUGCAGGAAGAGGCAAAUCCAAACGUGAACAGAUCGCGCAAGGUGGAAGGAUGACAAACAGCACUGAUCCUAACAUGAAGAAAGCGAGGAUUUUUGUUGGCAACCUCGCCGUGGAGAAAAUUAAACGAACGGACCUUCAGGAGAGAUUCAGCAAGUAUGGUGAAGUCACAGGCAUCAGUGUCCACCGAAACUAUGCUUUUGUGCAAUUUGCUGAGGAGUCGGCAGCCAGUGAUGCGCUCGAUGGAGAGAACAAUGCUGAUUUUGGCGGAAGAAAGAUGAGCAUUCAAAGAGCGCAAGGCGAGACUCAAGAGAGGAGGCCAGCAGAGCGUCGCCGGAGGCGCAGCAGGUCGCGUGAGCGUGAACGCGAUAACUAUGAGUCUCAGCUACGCCGGCGCUGGGAAGAAGACCGUUAUGGGCACCGUGGUGGUGGCUCACAUGGGGAUCGAGCUGGUCGUCGUGACCCCUCACCACGGAGAGAUGAUUAUCGUCGGUAUGAGCGAUCACGAAGUCCACCACCGCCAGGUUUUGAUUAUGAGCGUGAAUCUCGUAGUCGAGAUCGCCAUGAUCCCUACUAUGAUACUACACUUGAUCGUGCACCGUCGCGUGAUCGUAGUUUCUACCCUAGUUCUGAUCAUCACAGGCCUAGGUCACCUGAUGUCCGGUCAUGGCCAGACACAGCAGCAAGGGAGCGUGCGCCAUCUCCACGUCCUGCACAAGGUCCGCUGGAUUGUGAAGUGCUCAUUACCACAGUUGACAUCAGACGUUAUGGUGAAAUGAUCGCACGGCGUGUUCGCAGCAUGGGCUUGGCUGUGGAGAUGGUUCUGCUGACUCCUGGAAUCCCACUGAUUGAUAUGUUAGAUGAUGCAUGUCGCCGCCGUCUACUCUUCUCUGUCCUGGUCACUGAGCAACAUGAGCUGCAUGGUUCAUGUACUGUACAUGUACUCAAUGGCCCAAAUAAACAAGAGCAUAAAAACAUGCCGUUGGAAGACGCUAUGGCACUUUUAUCUGGAGACCGCAAGUCUGAUGAGUAUGCGCGAGGAGGCUCUGCACCAUCGAUGUACCGCCGGUCACCCUCACCACCUCCACUUCCACGUCGCUUGCCUAUUCACUCAGAGUCACCGCAUAGUGAUGUGUUGGGUGCCUCAGCUGUUGCACCGCGCAGUAGAUAUGAUGAUGACCUGCGUACUUCUGAGGCUGCCAGUUUGGCGAGUGCAUUGUCACAGGUUAGCCGUACUGGUGUUGCUGGAGCUGAGAACCUAUCAACAGAUGAGUUGUCUACUCUGAUCAACGCAUUGCAGCGCAAGCAGCAAAGUCUGGCUGGAAGUAGUGAUGCUGUGUCUGCUGGUGUUGGUCCUACAAGAGCACCUGGAUACGAUAGAGCACCGUACUCUGGAAGAAGUCUGACUAGUGCUGCUCCUACUGAUCCUGAUCGUCCUCGCCAUGACGGUAUUGAGAGUUCAACAGCUGCCGCCGCCGCUGCUGCUGCUAUGCGCAAACGUAAAAGAUCACCAUCCCCUCCUCCUCCUUCUGCUGCUGCUACUGCAGCUGCUCGGUCACUAUCUCGCGAGCGAGGCGGAGCAGGGUAUCAGGGACAUGAGCAUCGAGACACCACUGCUGCUAAAUUUGAAUCUUUUCCCGAGUCCCGUCCUGCUGUGGCUGCUUCUCAUCGUGUUGGCGACAGGGUUGGGCGUAAAGAAGAAGCUAUGGAUUCUUCUAGUGGGCCUUCUGCUAGUUACUUUGAUGUUGGUACUGCUGUUCGUAGGCCUGCUAGUGCUGCUAGCACUUCUAGACAAGCUGAAACACAGCCUCCUUCGCGUUCGGCACCUGUCACCAGUACUCCAAGUACAAUGGCAAAUUCUUCGCGGCCAUCUCAACCUUCCUCAAGUCACCAUCCUUCAAGCACUCCAGUAGCUCAGGCUCAACGUCAGCAAAGACAAGCAUCACCAAAUGCGCCUAGUCCUUCUCACGGCCCUGCUCGCGUUCCUCCUCGUGAUCCUUCUUCUCGUGACAUUACUUCAGUUCAAGGCAACCAAACUGGUCAAAGGAAUUUUACAUCGAAUCGGAGUGGAUAUAAUGUUGAUCCUCCUUCUGCCAUGACUGCUGCUAGCAGUCAUGCUGGUAGUGGUGCUGCAGGCAACAUUUCUGCAAGUAAUACUGCUGGCGGCCGUGGAGUGGUGCAAGGCCGAUCAUCUGUACCAGCGGCAGCAGCAGCACGUGAUGUCCAGGGUCCACGCGCUCCGCCAUCUCACCAGAGUGGAUCUUCUGCGAGUUCAGCAUCCAGGUAUGUCGGUGGACCUAAUGCUGCUGCUGUGGCUCCUGCUGCUGCUUCUUCAAAUCCAGGUAGAAGCGGACAGCAGCAAUACGGCAGCAGCAGCAGCAGCAAUCGAGCAGUACCCCACAACGCUCAGCAACAACCACAAGCCCAGCAGGUACACCAGCAACGUCAGCAACAGCCGCUGGAACAUGAGCAGCGUGGCCAGUACAAUACUUCACAGUACUAUGACGGUGAGCAACAAAAGCAACCGUAUCCACGACAACCCCAGCAGCAGCAGCAAUUUCAACAACAGCAGCACCAUGCCACAGCCCGGAACACUUCCCCUCAUCGCCCAGGUAAUCAGGGUCAUUACCCACAGCAGGAGCACCGUUCACAGCAACAACAGCCACCACAGCAGCCUCAACAGCCACCACAGCAGCAUCAACAGCCACCACAGCAGCGGCAACACCAGCAGCCCCCACAGCAGCGGCAACACCAGCAACACCAGCAACCCCCACAGCAGCGGCAACACGAGCCUCCACAGCAGCGCCAACACCAGCAGCCCCCACACCAGCAGCCCCCACACCAGCAGCCUCCACACCAGCACCAACACCAGCCCGCACACCAGCAGCAGCCGCCACAGCAACGCCAACACCAGCCCCCACAGCAGCAGCAACGCCAACAGCAGCCUCCGCAGCAGCAACACCCGUCCCAGCACCAGCGGCCGCAGCACCAGCCGCAGCAGCAGCAGCACCAGCAGCAGCAUACUUCUAGCUCAUACAAUACUGCCAGUGCACCACCCGUUGUUGCUUACCCGGGUCAACGCCAGGCCGGUGGAGGUAGUGGGGCCUAUUCAGCAAGUUCAGGCUAUACUCAAGGCUCUGCUUACGGCUUGCAAGCUCAGUCGCAUGACAAGCCUGCUUCGUCACCUUUCGGCCAAAAGAACCCCAAUGUACAGAAUGCUCUUGAUAACCUCAUCAAAUCAGGACCAAACUUGCUGCGACGGACUUUCUAAAUGCAGGGACAAUUUCAUCCUGUUCUUUUGCCUACUAGCAGCGCUCGUCUUCCUUUCCAAGUAGCAGCAGCAGCAGCAGUCCAGUAUUGAGUAUGCCUAAUCUCAAUGUUGGAGUAGACCUUGGCAAUGAGAUGGAGCCCUGCUCUGAUCACCUCCAAUGGAUCCGAGUAAUAGGCUUUCUUCUUCUUCUUCCUCCUUCUCCUCCUCCUCCUCCUCUUCUUCGCCAUCUUAGUUUGUCAAUAGACUUUCAACUGCGCUUCACAAGCUUUCAUGUCUCUUUCCGUAUGAGCAUGGAGAGUAAGGCCAAUAGCAGCCGCAGCAGUUAGUGCAGCAACAAGUGCUACAGCAGCACUACGUACACGUCUACCACCACUACUACUAGCACCGCCACUACAACAACAACAACAACAACUACAGUACUUGUGCCAUGGCUUGUCUUGCUUGUAGUUCACUCACUACAUUCACCUGUUUCUUUUCGUAUUCAUUUUUAUCCACCCGUUUCUUGCUAGUGCAUGUUUAGCCUGGCUCCUUCCUUUUAUGUAGCCUCGCACUGUAGCCCAGUUUCUUCCAUCUUCGCCGUCCACCACGCCUGUGGGCAUGCCAGCACGUCGUUGUGCUCCUUUGCAGUGACUGAGGACUGGAGUGUUGUCUUGUUCAAUGUAUUGUGCCAUCACCCUUGCCUUAAUCCACCAUCAGUGGUUGUGUGCUAUUGGCAAUGAAUCCCGAGCCGGGAAGACCGCCUCUCCGUAUUGCACAGUCUGUCUGUGAAUCCUCCUCCUUCAGCCAAUGUUCACUCAGGUCUGUUACUUCAUGCUCACACCUUUGUGGUGCACCACUA